ACCUUUCAUCAACUCGAUCGCCAUCAACACAAUCACCGCCAACUUCACGUCGAUCUUCAGGAACCACAUUCACCUCACUCAGACCAUUACUAUUUUUAAUUCAAUGGACGCUUCAGAGCUGAACAGUUACAGAGAAGAGGUAGCAACGAUCGAUGCUGCGCUGCUGUCUGAUCCUCAGAACCAAGAACUCUUGGCCCUCAAGACUGAACUGCUCGAACUCAUUUCUCUUACAGAGAGUCUAUUGCAGCAAGAGGAAGCGGCAGCAUCAACUCCCACAGCAGGGGCAGUACAAGAAUCGAUCUCUCUUUCUGUAUCCGCUCCCUCACCCCACUCCGCAUCAGUGUCCGCCUCAGGAUCCGGCUACUCCACUCCUACCGCCACACAACGUAUCUCUACCGCAACUUCCUCCUCCCAAUUAGACCCCUCAAAACAACCUAUUUAUCAACCUCCACCUUCAACUCCCCACAGAUCCUGGGCCGUGGGCGACAAAUGCCGAGCACUCUUCGCUGCCGAUGGAAAAUUCUAUGAGGCCACCAUUUUGACGAUCGGUGGGGGUGGGCAAGCCUUUUCGGUCCAGUACAAGGGAUAUGAGUCCAGUCCUCCCGGAGUCGUAGGACCACAGGACUUGAAGCCGCCGCAUGAUCCCAAAAAGUAUCAAAAGCAGAAUCAUGCGUCACCGGGGGUGGGAGACGAGGUGGCGACGACGAGCGAACAGAAGAAGCGUGGGGCAGAUGACGGACCAGCAGCAACGGGUGCAACAGGGGCGCAUGCAGGAGGAGCAGGAAAGAAGAAGCAGAAGGGUCAACCAAGUGAGCAAGUUCAGAAACAGAUGGCGUGGCAGAAUUUUGCAAAGGGCGGAGGAGCAAAAAAGUCAAAGGGCACGACGCCGUUGUUAAAGAAGAGUAUCUUUGCGAGCCCGGAGGGUCCUGAUGGCAAAGUUGGCGUUGUGGGAAGUGGCAAAGGGAUGACACAUUUCCAGCAGCGCGGCAAACAUGUCUAUGGACAACGGCCCGACUCUUCCGCCAAUUAGAUCCACACUAUAACACCUUCAAUCUCCCACACCGUCGGUUUCUCAACAUCAUGGAGUCGAUGCAGACAACAUCCAAGGAUUCAGUUUCAUCUAUACAAGCUGUCAUUAUUCUUGAUCAAAAGCGAAAAGAACUCAAGUUUUGCUCACAACCAUUUUUACUUCUCUCUCUCUUUUUCUUGACUUUUGGACCAUACGACCCACAACGAGUUCGCGAGCGCCAAGGACAAGAUAUAGACGUGGGUAAUGCCUGUGCUUCGUGGAGGUAUUAUUAUUAUCAUUUUUGAUUCGCAGGACAAUUAGAUUGCCAUUCAUCCCAUUAAAGCAUCUUUAUUUGU